AUGGACUCGCCACCGCCAGACCCAUCAUCUUCUGGACAAUGGGCCAGCGGACGGAAACUCACCAAGUCUCAGCGCGAGAAGAAGAGAGCCAUUGACCGGGAACGGGUCAGGCAACGACGAGAACAAUAUGCGGAACGAAUUGUCACUCUUGAAGCUAAGCUGGCCGAGGUGACCGCAGAACUUGAGGAUCUAAAGCGGAGUCGAGUAAUAGAGUCCAGCGGCACUCUCAGCACCAAUGCGCAGUGCGGUGCGCUUAUCCCUAGAGAUGUGUCCGGAAUGCUAAACGACGUGUCUUGGAUGGAUACGACCCUCGGUAUUCCUGCCGUUACGUCAAACACCCUACCAGUAUAUUCUAUGGGAGCAAUUGGCUCUUUUGAACCAUAUGUCGAGGAUGACACCCAUAUGCUGCCCAAUUCUACUCAGCUGAUCCUCCCCAACGAGUCUGCGGCAUUGCAAGUCUCAACCAGCGAGAUCGCACCCUUAGAUCCCUACCUGGAAGGGGCCAACUCCUUGGAUCGAAGCCAGAAGUCAGACUGUCAGCGAAUCCUGGGCCGCUCUGUCCAAAAGGCGCGAUCGCUAAGUGCAGCGGAUGUGUGCAUUGACACCGCUCGUAACGAUGAUGUCCUCAUCCGAGGCAUCAUGCAUGGCUGGGAUCACCUUAAGGCUCGCUAUGAGUUCUUUUGCCCUCUGUGGGCAGCGUUGGAGGAUCUUGAUAACAGAAUUUUCCGUCGCGCUGGAGCCAUGACUCGAUUGCCCGUCUUGAGGAUGGUUCAUUCUCUGCUAUUGUGCUUGGUAAAGGCAAACUCAAUCAGCAACCUACCAUCUUGGUAUCGUCCUCGAAAGGCGCAGUACCAAGUUGAUCAUCCGCUUUGCGCAGAUCUGCUGCCAUGGCCCAAGCUCCGCGAACGCGCCGUUCUCUCCUCCUCACUAACCCAGACGAACAAGUUCUGGACGGAGCUAGUUUACUCUUUCCGUUUCGGCUUUCCACACGACAAGACGAUCCACGAAGCCAUCUCCCUAGACAACACCACAGACCGGUGGAGCUUCUCGGGCUUGUUCCUGAAUCACAUACUGGAGAUCCGGGUCUGGCACAUAGACCAGGAUUUCUUCCACAAUUGGCCUGAGACCUAUGGAGACAUCGUGCCGGCACCCGAGAUUGGGCGGUCGCUUGCGUUCACUUCGGGGUGCGGGUCGCCACAAGAGUUCCUGUGGAGGGCCGCCGGAUCCGGUGCGAGAAUCGCAGGAGACGGGUUUCGGCCGCCUCAUCAUUACCAUAAUCAUCUUUUGCCUCUGCCGGUGCGUGAGGGAGAUGACGGUAAGAGAUCGAAUACCGGUGCUGAGGAUGACAACAGCUGGGAGGUCUUGUCUUGGCGGAUGCCAGUACCAGUUUCGGUGGCCGAUGUUCCACAUGCGGGAUCCAUGCCAACCGUCUUCGUCGAUAGCUGA